UCUAGCUGUAACGGUGACUCACCGACUGAUGACUCCAACCGAAGAGAGAUCAUCAUGAAGCAAGGCCUUGAACGUUCCACUCUUGCUCUCCCUGGCUCAUGCUCUCUCAUUAAUUUUGUCCCGCACAUUGCCUCCUUCUUGCUCACCGUCGACGAGGAAUACUUGGGUGAUUUUCGCUCUCCGCUAAGAAUUUCUACUCGGAGGUUUCGCUGUCAUAUCGUCAAGUUCUGAGAGGAAUUUUCCACAAGUAACCAGCGCUGGAUAAGUAUGUUCAAGUUGAAGGAAAAUGUGUUCAGAAAUUUCAUGCACUGCAGUUAAAUUGUUGCUGUUUGGCUCGACGGAAAACCUUCGCUUCGUUUCCUCGUUCGCAACGUUCACAUCGGGUAGUCGUCUCCUAAGAUGCACUUCCAGGGAUCUCCAAAUAUGGCUGAGAAGCGUGUCAAGUUGAUAAGCUCUGACAACGAUGAGUUCGAAGUCGAUGAGGCUGUGGCGUUCGAGUCUGAAACUCUGAGGAACAUGAUUCAGGAUACAGGGACAAACGUCCCCAUCUCUAUACCAAAUGUAUCGAGCGAUAUCUUGGCGAAGGUACUUGAGUAUUGCUCGUAUCAUGCCGAGACCAUGGAGACACAUGAUGAUAAGCCACCUAUUACCGAUGCCCAGAUCAGAGAGUGGGAUGCAGAUUUCGUGGAUGUUCAUCCGGCAACUUUGUAUAGUCUGAUACUGGCGGCAAACUACUUGAACAUCAAGAACUUGCUGGACCUGAUCUGCCAGGCAGUUGCGAACAACAUCAGGGGUAAGACCGCUGUAGAGAUUCGGAAAAUACUCCACAUCCAGGACGAUUUUACUUAUGAGGAGGAAAUGGAAAUCCGAAGAGAAACUAAGUGGGCGUUCGAUUAAACUUUCGGAUUGUCAGAAGUAUACAGCCUGUUUUGGAGCAAUGCGAAAUUGUAAGUCACGGUGUCCAUGCCCAUGUGUCCAGAUGACUGCUCGGGGAACGUUUUGAGUCUGAGAUCAAUUUGUAAAGAAUGUGAGGAAAAUCUGUAUAGGAGUCUCAUUCUCCUUCGGCUGCAAGCUCUUUGCUGAAGAUGUUUGUUUGAACCUUGUGAAAAUAAUUUUGAGUACAGUGUCACGUAUGUGAACCCUGCAUCAAAUUGAUGCCAACUGUGACGAAUCAAAUUCAUAGGUGCGGUACUUAGACACCACACCGUCUACUUUGGUUCGACUCGUGCGCUAAUCAAUUCUUCGAUGUUGUUCAGGUUCCCUCUACUUAUCUCACAUGAUUGGUUCUCUCCUGUUACCACCACGUGGUGGCUAUUUUAAUGUUGCCGUCCUGCAGUGUUUGCUUGAAAUGAGAGAGGACUUCUUUUCUUUCAUCAUAUUGAUAGUCAACUGCGGCGGAAAUAUUUUUCAGAGCUCAUUCACAUGCUCCUCCAGGAUCCAAAUCUGCAAAGAAGUUGGUUUCUGAAGGUCCAACACGUACAUCAAUUUGAUAUAGAUCUUCGCCUCUUCAGAAUCGGUACCCCUGAAUGUCUUUAAAAUCUCUUCCACCUGCACGAUUCAAACAAGCCUCUCCUGAUGAACUUAGCCGGGAGUUUUCUUGACAUAAAACAAGCUCCUAUGGAAACUAUAUCGCACAUCGCGGUGGUUUUACAAGGGCUUGAGCACACCCAUGAAACUUGAGAUUAGAAUCAACUGUAAAUAGUCUAACGAUCUAAAUACUACUCCCUGUACUAUCAA